UCCGCUUUGGGACCGUAGGCUCGGGGCGGGACUUAAGGCAUCGCUGUGGUGGCUGACACUUUGCCCUCCAGUCAGCGGCGAUCUCAGUAUUUUAGGGGCUCGGCGUCGAGCUUCUGGUGACCAGACUAAGAAAGGGCUGGGAGAGGGGUGGUCCCCACUGCACAGCGGCUGGUCUGAGGGUCGGCGGCCGUGGAUGGCCGCCGUGAGCGGGCCCUGGCUCUGUCGUCAGCCACUUAGGACCCCGCUUCGCCCCCGAGGCCGAUGGCGGCGGCCGCGCGGAGGGAGCCGGCUCAGAUCCCGGUGACUACGGAAGCACUUACGGACUGUACGCAGGACUGUGUGACCUUUGAGGACGUGGCCAUCGACUUCUCCCAGGAGGAGUGGGGGAUCCUAGAUGAGGCUCAGAGACGCCUGUACCACGACACAGUGCUGGAGAACUUUGCACUUAUAGCCUCUCUGGUUUGUUGGCAUGGAACAGAGAAUGAAGAGACUCCUUUUGAGCAGAGUGUUUCUGUAGAAGCUUUAUCACAGAUCAGGACUCCAAAGGUAGGUCCAGCCACCCAGAAGGCUCACCCCUGUGAGAAGUGUGUUCCAAUCUUGAAAGACAUUUUGCACCUGGCUGAUCUACCUGAGCAGAAACCAUACUUGGUUUGGGCAUGUGCAAACCUACACCAGCCUCAGAAGCAUUCCAAUGCAGAGAAAAGGGACGUGGAUAGAGCAUCAUUUGUAAAGAGCUGUAUAUUCCAUGUGUCAGGGAAUCCCUUCACCUGUAGAAAGACUAAAGAGGAGUUCCUGGUCACAAUGGGCCUUCUCCAACACCAGAUCAUUCCCAACGGUGAGAAGUCAAACAAAAUCACCAAGCAUGGAGAGGCCUUUCAUGGUGGAAAGAGUCAUUACAAGUUGCGUGAAUGUGGGAAAGCUUCCAGCCACAAACACAGUCUUGUUUACCACCCAAGAGUCUCCACUAGAAAAAAAGUUUAUGAGUCUAGCAAAUAUGGGAAAGCCUUCCACUGUAAGUACUUACUUGUUCAGCUCCAGAGAGUCCACACUGGGGAGAGACCUUAUGAGUGCAGUGAAUGUGGGAAAUCUUUUAGGCAAAGAGCCACCCUCAUUAUACACCAGAGAGUGCACACUGGAGAAAGGCCUUAUAAGUGUGGUGAAUGUGGGAAAUCCUUUAGUCAAUGCUCCAACCUUAUCGAACACUGCAGAAUUCAUAGUGGAGAAAGGCCUUAUGCAUGUGAGGAAUGUAAGAAAGCCUUUGGGUGCAAAUCCAAUCUUGUUCGGCACCAGAGAACUCAUACUGGGGAAAAGCCUUAUGAGUGCAACGAAUGUGGGAAAUUCUUUAGACAAAGCUUCACCCUCGUUCAACACCGGAGAAUUCACACCACAGCAAGGCCUUAUGUGUGUGUCCAGUGUGGGAAAUCCUUUAGUCAAAGAGCCACUCUCAUUAGACACCAGAGAGUUCAUACUAGUGAAAGGCUUUAUGAGUGCGGGGAAUGUGGGAAAGCCUUUGGAUCCAAAUCUAAACUCGAUCGGCACAACAGAAGUCACACUGGAGAAAGGCCUUAUGAGUGCACUGAAUGUGGGAAAUCUUUCAGACAAAGCUACAGCCUUGUUGAACACCAGCGAAUUCACAGUAGAACACGGCCUUUUGAGUGUGGCCAGUGUGGGAAGUCCUUUAGCAGAAGAGCCAUCUUCACUAAACACCAGAGAAUUCAUACUGGAGAAAGGCCUUAUAAGUGUGGUGAAUGUGGAAAAUCCUUUAGUCGCAGCACCAGCCUUAUUCAGCACUGCAGUAUUCACACUGGAGCCAGGCCUUAUGAGUGUGGCCAGUGUGGGAAAUCCUUUAGGCAAAAGUCUGUUCUCAUUCAACACCAGGUAGUUCACACUGGAGAAAGGCCUUAUGAAUGCAGCAGAUGUGGCAGAUCCUUUAGCCAACGCUCCAGCCUCAAUCUCCACCGAAAAUUUCACACCGUGGAGAGGCCCUAUGAACGCAGGAAAUAUGGGAAAUCCUUUACUCCAACAUCUAACAUUUAGUGCCAGAAAGUCCACACUUGGGAAAGGCCUCAGACCUGAAGGAAAUGUGCUGUCUCCUUGUUCACUGUAAUGGCACUAGAUGGCUUUUGUGAGGGAGCCAUCUGCCUGAAGUUGAACCUCAUACUUCCAAACAUGCAGAGGGGUGAAAUUCCCCAGGAGUUCAGACAUAUAUGAGGUUUAUAGGAGCUGCAUUGCACACUCUAAACUCCCCGGGCCCUUGCCAGAGUUACGUGACUGCCAGCCUCUCUGGUAGAAGCCAUCUCAACUCUACCACCUUGCACAGUGUUUCUUGGUCACCCCGAUGUGCUAAGGCAAAGCAGACUUCUGUGCUGUCACUCUCCCAGUCCCUGAAGGAAAUUUUGACUAGCGUGUGCCUUUACAGCAAUUUCCUUUUUCUGAUUGAUUCAGUAUGAAUAUGACCUAGUUUGGGCUAAGGGUGGGCUCUGCCGGAGGCUUGCAGGGAAGGCUUUUUCUUCUUCAUGGAAAUUGUUGGUCUCACAUGACCCCUGUUGAUUUUUCCAGCCUCCAAGUCAUCAACUGGUGACUGUCUGCCUCACCGUCCUCUGGUUUGUGCUGUAAUAAAAUUCUUACUGUUUAAUCUACCUUUAAUCUUGGGGGUUACAGGCACUGUUUUUGGUGGGUAGAAAACAGAAUUGGGCUCCAUUUGUGUGAAGGGAUGGAUGGCUUUUGUGGGCCUUCAACUGAGUGUGCGCCUCAGCAAGGACAGUACGAGAGAGAGUAGUUCUCAUUCCAGUUUUGUCCUAAUUUGCAUUGCUGCCCAAGACCUAGGAACCAAUGCGUUGCUUUGUGGUCCUGAUUUGUGUCCUGGAUGCCUCCAUAUAUUGUGAGACCAUAGGUCACCCUGAGGAGGGGUCACUUGCUUUGGCAAGCUCCAGUGCCUUUGGGCAUGGCAUGAAUUUCUUCUCUUGUUCCCCGGGGGGUGUCACACAAUGCCCAGCACUGUUGAGGGGAAGCUUUUCACCAGGCUCUACAAAGGAACCAAGUGUCCUGAUGUCCAUAUUUCUGUAGGCUAUGUCACUCAUCAGACCAGAGGAACCAGGUGUGAACCAUGAUUGGUACUGAAAUCCUGGGUGUGAUUAAUAGGCAGUGAAGAGCCUGCAGCAAACCAGAUGGACUGUGCCCCUUCUGAAGGUACGUCCACAAAUCUUCCAGUGACUGUGGCUGUGAGGAAUCACAGGACCUCCAGACUGUGCAUCUUCUGCAGCUGAAGUCAUUGUUAGAACAAAUAAUCUGAAGGUUUUGUGAAUUCCAGUUGUCUUUCCAGUCUGUUUACCUCAAGUCCAUUGCUGUAAAGGCAGGGACAUGAGGACAGAGAAUGGAGGGCCUGUUGUCCAGGAACGUGGCUUUUAUGAUCCAGCCAGUGGUCCUGUUGUCUGUUGUCCCAGAUUGGAACAGCCUCCAGUGCUCGCCAGUAUUUCCUGCGCUGAUUCAUGACUGUCCUUCCCCAGGAAUAAGGAGAAAUAGAGUGGAGAUGGCUUAACAGUAGAGUGGAGUGGGAUAGUAAACCUUCUGGUUUCCAAAAAGAGUGAGAGAUCUAGAUUUUUUAAUUUUGAACUAUUUUUUAGAAACUUUAUUGAGGCAUAAUUGACAUUCAGUAAUCUACACAUAUUUAAGGUGUACAAUUUGAAAACAUUCGUCUUACUUAUAAACCCAUAAAACCAUCAUAGUCACGAUAAUGAGCACAUCCGUGAUUUUCCUUGUGCCCUUUUAUAAUCUUGUCCUUCCUAGGCCUACAGGAGUCCAAUGAUUUCCUUUCUUUAAUAACAGAUUAGUUUGCAUUGCCUAGAAUUUUACAUGAAUUGGAUCAUGAAGUGUUUACUCUUUUUUUCUGAUAUUUUUCACACUGCAUAAUUAUUUUGAGAUUCAUCAAUGUUGCUUGUAUGAAGAGUUCACUGUUGAGUAGUGUUCUCUAUGCAUAUGCCACUGUUGUUUAUCCAUUCAUCUGUUAAUGGGCAGCUGCAUUGUUUCUAGUUUGCUGCUUUUAGAAAUAAAGCUGCAGUGAACAGAGGCAUCCAAUUCUUUCUGUGGAUAUGUGUUUUAUUUCUCUUGUGCCAAUACUUCAGAGUAUGUGAAUGUUUCAAUAUUUGAGAAACUGCCACACUCUGAUCUAAACUGGUUGUACCCAUGUUCGCACCAAUAGUACAUGAGAGCUCCUGUCUCUCCACAUUCUGCCAAUACUUGGUAUUCAUUGGUCUUUUUAAUUUUAGCUGUUUUAGUAGGGGUGUAAUGGCAUCUCACUGUGAUUUUAAGUGCAGUUCUGUGAUGCUUCAUGACAUUGGGCAUUUUUUUGUGUGUUUGCCACUUGUAUAUCUUUUUUAAUGACUUAAUGCCAUUUGCUUAUUUUUCAAUGGAUGUUGGCUGAUAUUUUCCUUUUCAUUAAUAAAUAAAAAGACAUAUGUAUAACAAAGACAUUUGUUGGAACUUCACUCAUUCUUCAGCAGUGAUAUGUCAUCUUUGCUAAAUAGAAGUAUUGUUUUUGAAUACUAUAAGAAUAUUUUCUCAAUUUUUUGUGCUAGUCACAGUAUAAAUUCAGUAAAAUAAGCAAGCCCUGUUUUGUAGUGUUGGUCAGUUUCUGUGGUGUAUAUACUCGCAUCCUGGCCAAUUUUAAGUUGCCAAAAUGAUGUCACUAAACCUGGAGCUGGGAAGAGACAUGCAGUAGCACAGCAUUGUAUUCUGUUCCCACCACAUGAUGCAGUGGUCACGAUAACCUCGGGAAGAUAUGUAAGAGUAAGACAGACUAAAAUAAUUUGGAAGUGACAACUUUUGAGUAUUUACUACAUUUACUUUAAAAAUAGCUUCAUGGAAGUAUAAUUGUCUUAUAAUAAAUUGUGCAUAUUUAAAGUGUACAAUUUGUGUUUUGAUACAUGCUUAAAUCCCUGAAACCAAAAAUUUCCUCUGUGCUUUUCAAUCCAUCCCUCCUAACAUAAAAUUGAUAAAAGGACAUCAUCUACCCUUUGUAAUGGAUAUUUUCAAACAUGUGCUUGAAAGGAAUGUGUUAUAAAGCUCUGUGGCCUCAUCCCCAGUCUGUUAUCAUUGAUCAAUUCAUGGCCAUUCUUGUUUCAUCUGUCACCACACACAUUACUGAAUUGUUUUACUUAGAAUCCCAACAUCUUGUCAUUCAAAGCCUAAUCUCUUCAGAAUGCAUUUCCAAAACAUAAGGACUCUUUCAUAAUCCUAAUAACUUUUUCAAACAAAAUAUUUGAAGUGUCAUAAAGUAUAUUGUCAGUGCUCAGGUUUUUUCAGUUUUCCCAAAAAUAUGAUUAUUCUUUAAGGCAAUCAGACCCAAAAUGAAUCUCUAUGACUUUUAGUAGAUGUAUCUGGUAAGUCUCUACUAACUUACAGAUAUCACUUCAUUUUUAAAUUCUUGGACCAGUCGUUUGUUGAAGUUGCUUAGUCGUUUGUCCAUCAGAAUUUGCCAUGUUCUGGAUUUGGGUUUUUUUGCAUCUGUCUGAAGCUGUUUACCAUGCUUGACCCUCCCAUAUUUCCUGUACACUGGAUGGUAAUGAGAUGGAUGAUUGAGGUCUACUCCUGGUAGAUAAAUAUGUAAGAGUGACACACCUGGAAACCCAUGCAGUGUGACAGUGUGUUUUGCUAGAACACUGCAACUCAGCCUGGAAACAAAAGCAUUUCAGUUACCAUAUGUUGCAGAUGUCCCCAGGAGAGUGGGAGAGUGCAUUUUCGUGUCUGGUAGUGUCACUGCAGCAUAUCCUAGAGACAAACAUAUCUCGAACCCUGUGCAACAGGUAUGUGAAACUGACACCUCAACACAGCCUGUACACACACGUGCAUUUACCACAUCCACAACAGAAAACAAGUGUGACAUACGUGGGACACCCAGCCAGCAUAUGCAAAGCACACGAGGGACCUGUGAGACAGGCACAGGUACCGAUACACCAUAGGAGUUGUGGCCACAUGAAAGCACCAAUACCGCACAGAGAUUUGUGAGACAGGCAGGUGAUAAGGAUGCCCCAGGGUCUGGUGUGUGGCUUGCAUGCGCAUACAUGGAGACUGAAUAUGCACACAGACAAUGGCCAGACCAUGUAUGAAAAUAGAACUGUGACCCACAUCCUCUGUAGUAAUCAACCCACAACGGGCAGGACUUGGUGAAUAGUUGUUAGCUUCCUAAAAUCUGCCCCACUUCUGACUCUGGACCAACUAGAGCAAGCCAAAUGUGUUCCCCUAGCCAAUCACAUAGGAUGUGUUGCUGCUAGGUAGCCCGCCUCCAGCCUCCCCAUGCUAACGGCCUCCGUCAGGGAGUUCCUGAAGCUUUCUCUUCUUUCAUCAUCAAAUUUUCCCAUAUUGCUGUCUGCCUUUGAGUGUCUGCCAAAGCAAGCGACGGUGACUGUCUUGCUGUAGCAAACUGUGAAUAAAUAGCCUAUAGCUUUUGCUUGUGCUCAUUUGUGAUGGUUUUCAUUUAUUUCUGCAACAUGCACACACAUACAAUCACACAGUCUCCAUGUACUGAGUGUGACAAUGCGGGGACUGUGUGGUUUGGAGAGAACCACUCUCCCCAUCAUUCUACAGGCUUGAUGAAGCACUGAUGGGGGUCAGAAUAGGGUGCAGGUGCACACCUUGGCACAACCUGGAGGC